CUUCACAGAUAACUACCGAACUCCUUUCAUUUGGUUACUUAUUUGUUCAUCUUGAUCUUGGGUUUCAUACCCCGCGAGACUGAUUUUCCCCGUUUCCUCAAGUUUUUCAUUUUCUGAUUCUUCCCCAGUUUUCCAUACACCGAUUUUCCCCAAUUUUCUGAACAUUGAGUUUUCCCAAUUUUCUGAACACCGGUUUUUCCUCAGAUUUCUUUACAGAGGGUAAUGGGUUCUCUAAGUCAAUGGAGGCACUGGUGGUUUGCAGUAAUGGCGAUUUUUUUGCUCGCAGGUGGGCAAGCGGAGCAAUUGUCGGGGACGGAAGUUGCCACCAUGAAAGCCAUUUUUGAGAUGAAGGAUUCCAUAGCUCAAUCGGUGGGAUGGAAAGCUGAGGAAGUUGAAGUUUCGGGUGUAGAUAAACUUGAUUCAAUGUUUGGCCACGCGACGCUUUAUGAGUUCGAUCUUCAAAUCGGGAAGAAUGUUCUUCCUCUGCGGUUGGCUGGAGAUGUCAACUCGUGGCAGGUUUUGGAGGGAGGGUUUGAGAAGGGUUUGGUGGAAGAGGGUCAAAAAUUGACACCGUCUUUGGCCCCCUUUCAGUUGGCUGGUCCGCUUGAAUUGUGGAUACACGAUGCCGAUAAUUUGCGCCUUUCGCUGCCGCAUGAUGUAGAAGCUGGGGUAUUGAAGAAAGUAAUGCUAGCAGAUGGAGCUGUUGUGACGGUUAGAGGUGCCAGAGAACUGACCCUCAGACAGCCCAUCCAGUUGCCUUUACCCCUUAGCAGCACCACUGAGAAUGGUAAUCCAGUUUUCAAACUGAUUGAACUUGCCACAGAGCUAAAGCGUGCUUCUAGUGAUGCAGAAAAACCCUUGUCCCUGCGAAUUGUGGGCCCAACUUCACUUACAGCGUCAUCCAUCAAUGAGCCUGAUUCAACAGAAAAUAAGUUGAAGGUGAAAAGGCUAGCUCCAGGCUCCGUUGAAUUGAGAUCUCGCCAUGAGCGGGAUUCAUCUACUCAAGUAUCCUUUGAGGCUGCUUCCAAUCUACCCACUACCAAUGACAUAUGGAUUUGGCCUCUCCCAUCACUGAAUGGAUCGGAUCCUAAACUUAGUGGCAUCGAGAAACUUUUGAAGUCAAUCCUUGGAUCUAUUAGCGAGAAGAAAGGACCAAUCAGAUUAUUAAAAGCUCAAGCUGCAGCUGCAACUUUUGUCAAAGUGCAGUUUGAACUAGAGAAGAAAGUUGGUGAUGAAAUGUUUAGUGCGAAGGAUUGGAUGGAGUGGAGAACAAAACCCUCUGUUACAAGGUUGCAGUUUGAGUUGACAGGGAAAGUUGAGAGUGAUAAGAUUGUACCUUUAAAAGUGAAACAGAUUGAACCAGUGGAAGUGGUUGAUAGUUUUUCAUCAAGAUUAUUGACAGGAAACACCACAUUUUCUAAAGCUCCAAUCUUGUAUCGACCACCCUCACCAUUCAGUCUGUAAGGAGGGGAUCAAAGGCCUUGACCAAAGGGUAUAUGGUACUUUCCUCUGUAUCAUAUGUAAAUACUCACACCUGUUCUGCGACUUGAGACUAAGAAGACUUUGCCCGUCUCUUCUAUCCAUGGAUUCAAAUGUUUAUUAUUGCUUCAAGUAUUCCCCAAAGAAAGUUAUUAUUCUUUAGUGGUAAUAACAAUUGACUCUGUUUGGAGCAAGGUGUGUUUUCUUGAAUUAAAAAGAAUGUUUUUCUUUACAAUAUGAAACAAUUUCUGGACUGAAAGUCCAUAAGAAAAUUGUCACAAUAAUGUACAUUUUUUUCAAAUUAUAUUGCACUAGUCUUUCACAA